GAAAACCCCUUUUCCCGCCAAGGAUCACUUCAGUCGCUCUACAGAGCUCCUCCGUACUUGGUGAACUCAGCUUUCGUCAUAAAACGUCAAAAACAUCGCGCCACGCGUGUGACAUACAAAUCCAAUCGCGACAAAGCGUAAAAAAAACUCAUUUUUUUGAAUCGAGACCUUAGAAAUUACAAAAUCAAGGAUGAAGAUGAGCAAAGUGGGAAACCAGACCAACUCGCAAGACCCCCAGGCCGUCAAUUCGCGUGUAUUCGUCGGCAACUUGAACACUUUUCAAUGCAGCAAAACUGACGUGGAACGGAUGUUCCAGAGGUACGGCAGACUUGUGGGAAUAUCUAUGCACAAAGGUUACGCUUUUGUGCAGUUUACAAACCCUUUCGACGCAAGGGGUGCUUGUCUGGGGGAGGAUGGCAGGACAGUUUUAGGACAAAUAUUGGAUGUCAAUAUGGUAGCAGAGCCAAAACCACACCAGACCGGAAGGAAAAGACAGAACGUCGCCAAAACCGGAAACGAUUGGGACUACUAUUACGACAGGUAA